GUGCGUGUGGCGGCGACAGCAUUAAUAGAAGCUGCAUCAAGAAGGACGUGAGAGGAGCGGCAGAGGGGAGCGUUAUACGGCGGUGGCGAAAGGCGGACUGAGAGGGACGCAGACACUGGGGCGUAUCCGCUCGCCGUUUAGUCGGUCCGCUGCUCGUGGGUUUUUUUGAGCUGCUCCGGUUACGCUGCGGAGAUGAGCGCGCAGCGUCCGCCUCCUGCCUGGGAGAAAGAGCAUCUCUGGCUCUACCUCCUGGCGCUGGACUUCGAUCCCACGGGAGCCGCCGCCGCGGGGAAAAUUUCCACCCACCUCCUUCUGGGCGUGAACAUGUUCGAUAAACCAAACAAAGAUGCAUUUCAUAUUGUUGCAUGGUUCUUGUUUUCAAAAUUGGACCCAUCACGUUGUAAUGAGAUAUUCAGAUUUUGUUUUCCUCCCACAGAUAAAAAGGCAGAUUCUGAAUUCAGGAAGCAAUGUUAUGAAUGGCUGAGAAGAAUUUCAGAUGAAUGUGGAAACAACUUUCCUCCAGUUGUUGCAUCAGUAUUCCUUUCUCCUGGUGGACCUAAGUUCAUUCAUUUAAUGUUCCACUUUGGAAGAUAUGUCAUGAUGCAUCAGAUUAAAGCAGAUUCUUCAGGUGCUGACAUACCUUCUCCAAAAGCCAUGAACUCUAGAUCUCCAGACCUGAAUAUGGUAGCUGCAAAAUACCGUGUGGCCCAAAACAGAUUUUUACAGAAUCUACAAAAGGAAGAUUUGCUAAUUCAAGAACUUCAGAAAAAAGCACAGUUUUUCAGUAAACGAAUAAGAGAUUUAACAUUUGAAAAUGCAAAUCUGGACAAACAACUCCAAAACUUGGGUAGAAUGGGAAAAAAUGUUAAUAACAGCCAAAGUAACACAAUAGAGAAAAUUGAAAAGGUUCGCUGUUUAUGGGCAUUGGUAAUGGAAACACUUAAACUUCUGCAAAAAGAAAGAGAAGUUGUAGAUUCAGUUGUUAAAGGUCAUGUUGACCAGUAUGUAUUAGAUGGCACGAGUGUAGCUGUCAGUGUUCCGAGGCCUCUACUUGAAAAAGUUGAAAAGGAAAUUCACAAACUGCAUGUAGGGAACGUAUAUGAAGCAGGAAAACUAAAUAUUUUAACAAUCAUCCAUUUACUGAACAACGCCUUGGAAAUGCUGAUGCAUGAGCGUCGGCACAUUGACAGGAAUGUGCUAAAGCUGGAUCUUCAGUACCUUGAAGAAAAGACUAAAUUCCAGAAAGAGACGUUAUUGGGACUAAAAUCAGUGAGACAAAAAUUGAAAUCUGAGGAUCAUGUAUCAAUAAGCCAAUCAAUUGCUGAAAAACAACAAGAAUGGGAUUUGAAGUGGGAAAACUAUCUUGGCCAGUCACCUUUUCAUUUAAUUAAAGAUCCAAACCCUGCACUUGACUUAUUACCAGCUAUGUCUCCCAUUUCUUUUACUCCUGCUACUGAGGAAACUUAUAAAAACAGUGUCUUUUGCCAGUAUCCUGCAUCAAUUCUAGACUUUACCAAAAAGAAUCUUAAAACAAACAAAUUUGAAAGAACUGGUAAAGUAUCGGGAAGUCAAAAUAGUUCAACUGUGGUCGUCGCAGAGAGGAUUGUUAUGUCCUCUUCUGAUCUUGCUACAGAAUCUGUAAACAGGAUAAUUUCUGAACAGAGAUCCAAAGCUGAAACUCCCAAAAGGACAAUAGAGCAGUCUUUUCCAAAUUUAAAAUACAAAGGGAGAAAUUCUAGACUAGUAGAAACUGAGAAGAAAAGACAAGCUGAUACUUUAAGAACACCAUCUUCAGUUAAAAGAGAAGAUCCUCUUAAGAAAGCACAAGAACAACUGGCAGAAGAGGUAGCAGAUGUAGUAGUAUCCAAUUCACCUCAGAACACUGGAGGAAAAGGAAACCAUUUGGAUGACCUGAUUGGCACCUUAAUCUCAGAUCCUUUCUUAGCGAGGAAGCAGAUUCCACGGACUCCAGAAAAUCUAAUUACUGAAAUUAGAAGCUCAUGGAAAAAUGCUAUUCAGGUUGAAGAAUCCUCAAGUGCAGAAUUGCAUCAUACUGAAGCAUCCAAAGAUGUACCACAGGAUACAGUCCCUGCAUUUAGAAACCAAAUAGAUUUAAGUAUGGCGUGCUUUAUGUCUUCAUGCAACUCUGAUACAGCAGAAUCUCCAUUACUGGAAGUGCCAUCUCCAUGUCACUAUCAGCAGGCGGUUAUCAGUCCUAGUGGACUGCCAACUCACCAAACGGCUGUUGGGCCACUAGAUUAUCCAUUUUGCAAGGAAGGACUAACAAAUACUGUUCCAGACAUAAGUGUAGCAGUUCAUCCAGAGCUAAACCUCACGACUAUAAAUAACAGGGUGAGUGAGCUGGAUCAUGGUCCUGGGGACAGUAUUGCAGCAGAAGCUUUGUCGCCUUAUGCAGGUCAGAAUUCGUCAAUGCGUACAACUCUGUCAUGGGAUGCUUCUCAGAUGGUAAGUGGCAUUAGUACUGAUAGCCAUGAAGUUAUCCAACUGGGCAUACUUCAAGAAACUUUCCCAGAGGAAGCGGGAGCCAUAAGUCUUGAUAGUUCUAUUGGUUUAGAGCCGGAUGAAAUAAGAGAAGAGAACUCCACAGACAGCAAAGCUUUGCCAGGUUAUAUGGCAGGAAAUGAGCGCAAGUUGGACUUACAAUCUAUUCGAAGCCGAUAUGAAGCUCUGAAAAAGACUUUGCUUGAAAACUCAUCUUCUAGAAAGCAAAUUCCAAGGUGCAGGUCAGAGUUUAGUCUCACACCAGUGAGCCUGGAAUCUAAUGAUGUGCUUAGUCCUUUGGGGAAACGAUAUGCAUUGGAUGCAGAACUUGUCCAGCCACCAUCACACAUGACUCUUCUUGAAAGAAAGACCCCUGUUUCUCCUCUAGUUGCAUUUUCUCCAAUACAAGUGAGAGGGAGGUCGGGCGUACAGGAUCGAGGAGACAUAUUUAAGAAACUGAAUGAAAAAUAGUGUGAAGCUGAAUUCAAAAGAAUCUUCACCUGCAAAGAUUUGUAAAGAUGAAGCCAUUCCAUGCUUACAUAGUAAUGAUGCACUGACUUUGGAUAAAACACUCUUACAUAAAUUUGAGAGAAGUGUUUUUUGCAAAUCUUACACUUAUUUAAUUGAGAUGUUGAUGUUUACUAAUUCUAAUCAUGACUGUACUUUUGUUGCACAGUCUUGUUGUUGAAUUCUCUUUUAUUCUAUUGAUCAAGAAGGGCUGAUAAAUUUAGGCCAUUUUAAACUAGUCACAAAUAUGGAAUUCUAAGUAUUAAAAAGACUACAGCAAUAUAAAACAAGGAAUCUUCAUUAAGUGUCCUUCCUUAACAGAUAGUAGCACAUUUUUUGCAGAUUUUGAAAGAUAAAUCUUGCUCUUAACUUUUUAGUAUGCCUUUAUAAUUAAGUGUUCUUCAAAGUAAUUGGCUAAGCCAAUUACCUAUACAUAUCUGUUUCCUCCCAUGUAGAAAUCUAGGGAGGUUUGAGAAUAGUCUUAAUUACUGUUAAUUACUUCAUUACUUUUUUUCUCUUGAUACACUUCACCUAUGUUGAUCUCAUGUCUCUGCUAUAAUUUCUACCAGCCAUCUGUACUCUUAGUGUAGAAGUUACACAUGCAUGGGAUUCCAACAUCCAUAGGGUGAAGCUAUGAAGAUCACAGGGAUUCACUUUUCUACUCUUAGUUUGUCUGCCUUAAACUAGAUAUAUAAUUGCCCAUCAUCAACAUUUAAGAACUAGUGUCAGAAAUGGGGACCUUGUGACAUCAGGAUUCAUUUGCCUAAAUGUAACAUGGCGAAAUAGAAAAUGAGUUUAAUUCUAAUAACUAAUGUAUUUUCUUAAAAGUAAUGUUUGUACUAAAAUAUGUAUUGUUCCGUUUUUUUAAAAAAACUGAUUACCAUAAUA